UUUGGAUGUAACACAAAGACAUCCACAACCUCACGCCUUACCUUAUAUUAUUGUUUACAUAAAAACCACAACUUCUAAAUUCUCCUCUUACUUGUUUUCACACCUUCUUCCAUCUUCAUAAUGGCUCAGAAGGUGGUGUUAAAGGUCCUUACUAUGAUUGAUGACAAAACUAAGAAGAAAGCAAUUGAAGCAGUUGCAGAUAUCUAUGGAGUUGAUUCAAUUGCCACAGAUGUGCAGGAACAAAAGUUAACAGUGAUUGGCGAAAUGGAUACAGUGGCAGUAGUAAAGAAGCUGAAGAAAGUAGGGAAGGUGGAUAUACUAUCAGUUGGACCUGCCAAAGAAGAGAAGAAAGAGGAAAAGAAGGAAGAGAAAAAAGAAGAGAAACAGGAGGAGAAAAAAUAAAGACAAUACACAUUAUUGGAUUUUCAUUUUUUUCCCUUUUCAUUUCCAUGUUUUUAUUAUGCUGAGCUAAAACAAAAACUCUUAAAGGUGCAAAUGACUUCUAGUGUGAUAA